AAGAUGGCGGUGGCGGCUGCCGUUGCGCGGCGGUUGGGAGUGACCGCGGCGGGGCUGGGUGGCCGUUUCUCUCAUUGGGGAAGAAAAGAAGUUAAUGUAGCAACUAAAGCAGCUCUACACUUUGCUGUACCACAGAAGCCAUUCCUUUCCUCUGCAGCUCUACGAAUAGCGGUAAGAUCUAUGUUUAUUCAGACACAGGAUACUCCAAACCCAAACAGCUUGAAAUUUAUUCCAGGCAAGCCAGUCCUGGAGGCUAGAACUAUGGAAUUCACUUCUCCGGCUUCCACAUAUUGCUCACCCUUAGCAAGGCAGCUUUUCAGGAUUGAAGGAGUUAAAAGUGUGUUCUUUGGAACAGACUUCAUCACAGUCACAAAGGAAAGUGAAGAUACUAAUUGGAACUUAAUAAAACCAGAUAUUUAUGCAACCAUAAUGGAUUUCUAUGCUUCUGGAUUACCUAUUGUUACUGAAGAGGCACCUCGUACAGACACAGCUUCCUCUGAAGAGGAUGAUGAAGUUGUAUUAAUGAUAAAAGAACUGCUGGACACUCGAAUUAGGCCAACCGUCCAGGAAGAUGGUGGUGAUGUCAUAUUUAAGGGUUUUGAGGAUGGAAUUGUGCAGUUAAAACUGCAAGGUGCAUGCACUAGCUGUCCCAGUUCCAUCAUAACGCUGAAGAAUGGAAUUCAAAAUAUGCUGCAGUUCUAUAUUCCAGAAGUAGAAGGCGUGGAACAGGUUGUUGAUGACGAUAAAGAAGAAGCAGAUUCAGCCUGAAUCAGUGAAUGCUUUGGACUUUAUUUUUCAGCUGGGUUUGCCCAAUAUAGGCUGUUGAAAGAGGCCAACUUUCAUCACCACCUUUUCCAGACAUUUA